AUGUCUUCUCCAAUCAUAGCAAUAUUCUCUUCAACCAAAGUUUUGUCUUCUGAAAUAGCUGGAACGUCUACGCCAUCUUCAUUUUCGUCUACUGAUAUAAUUGAAACGUCUACUCCAAUCAUAGACAUAUUCUCGUCAUCCACAGUUUCGUCUACUGAAAUAACUGAUACGUCUACUCCAAUCAUAGAAAUAUUCUCUUCAUCCACAGUUUCGUCUGCUGAAAUAACUGAGACGACUACUACAACCAAACUUUCGUCUACUGAAAUAACUUGGACGUCUACUCCAAUAAAAGAAAUAUUCUCGUCAACAACAGUUUUGUCUACUGAAAUAACUGAAACGUCUACUCCAAUCAUAGACAUAUUCACGUCAUCGACAGUUUCUUCUUCUGAAAUAACUGAGACGUCUACUCCAAUCAUAGAAAUAUUCUCGUCAACCACAGUCACGUCUACUGAAAUAACGGAGACGUCUACUCCAAUCAUAGAAAUAUUCUCGUCAUCUACAGUUUCUUCUUCUGAAGUAACUGAGACGUCUACUCCAAUCAUAGACAUAUUCUCGUCAUCCACAGUCACGUCUACUAAAAUAACGGAGACGUCUACUCUAAUCAUAGAAAUAUUCUCGUCAUCCACAGUCACGUCUACUGAAAUAACGGAGACGUCUACUCCAAUCACAGAAAUAUUCGCGUCAUCAACAGUUUCGUCUACUGAAAUAACGGAGACGUCUACUCCAAUCAUAGACAUAUUCUCGUCAACCACAGUUUCUUCUUCUGAAAUAACUGAGACGUCUACUCCAAUCAUAGAAAUAUUCUCGUCAUCCACAGUCACGUCUACUGAAAUAACGGAGACGUCUACUCCAAUCAUAGAAAUAUUCUCGUCAUCCACAGUCACGUCUACUGAAAUAACUGCGCCGUCUAUGCCAACCACAGUUUCGUCUACUGAAAUAAUUGAAACGUCUUCUCCAAUCAUAGAAAUAUUAGCGACAACCACAGUUUUGUCUACUGAAAGAACUGAGACGUCUACGCAAAUUAUAGAAAUAUUCAUGUCAUCAACAGUUUCUUCUACUGAAAUAAUGGAGACGUCGACAUCAACCACAGUUUCGUUUACUGAAAUAACUGAUACGUCUACUCCAAUCAUGGAAUUAUUCUCGUCUUAUGUAACAACUGAAACGCCUACUACAACCACAGUGUCGUAUACUGUAACAACUGAAACGCCUUUGCCUACCAUAAUAUCCUCUUUUGUAACAAAAGCACCGCCUACUCCAACCACAGAAACAUUUACGUUGACCAUAGUUUCGCCUACUGCUAUAGUUUUUACGUCUACGCCUAUUCAAACAACGGAAACAUCAACUCCUGCCUUUACAACUGUAGAAUCUACAAGUAUCACUGCAGCUCCUACAACUACAACUGCAGAACAUACAACAAUAACUGCAGCUUCCACCACUACAACUGCUGCUUCCACCACUACAACUGCUGCUACUACAACUACAACUGAUGCUCCUACAACUGCAGCUCCUACAACUGCUGCUCCCACAACUGCAGCUCCCACAACUGCAGCUCCUACAACGACAGCUUCUACAACUGCAGCUCCUACCACUACAACUGCAGAUUCUACCUCUACAACUGCUGCUCCUACCACUACAACUGCAGCUCCUACCACUACAACUGCUGCUCCUACCACUACAUAUGCAGCUCCUACCACUACAACUGCAGCUUCUUCAACUGCAGCUCCUACCACUACAACUGUAGCUCCUACCACCACAACUACUGCUUCUUACACUACAACUGCUGCUCCUACCACUACAUCUGCUGCUCCUACCAUUACAACUGCUGCUCCUACAACUACAACUGCACUGCAGCUACUACAACUGCAGCUCCUACAACUGCAGCUCCUACCACUACAACUGCAACUCCUCUCACUACAACUGCAACCAUUACGAAUUCCACUUCAGAACCUACUACUUCAAACAUAA